AUGGCAGUGCUUGCAGCGCAGGAUUACAGCAAGGAAGACCUCGAACGAUGUCGGAGUCUGGCGGAGAAGCUGGGGCUGGCGCUAGUAGUGGCAAGGCAGGAACAGGAGUUGGAGGAGGAAGAGGAGCAUCAAGGGGAGAGGGGGGAGGGGGAAAUGCUGGCUGGAGGUGCUGCCGAAGCAGAACCCGAUGGCUUCAAAUUUACGAUGCUCUUCGAUGAGACCGGCCGCUUGGCGCUGGGGCAACCGGGGAGUGGCUUCAACCCACUUGUGGUGGACUUCUGCGGAGGUAAGACCGGGUACCGCUCGAAGCACCAGCAAGGAAAGACGGAGCAGGUGGUCAAGGCGGCCGCGCUGCCUAAGCGUCGCGCCGCCACGGCUGCAGCCGACGAGCCUCUCGGACCUCCCUCUCCGGGUGACGAUGAUGCGAAAGCUCCGUUGCCGCUUCUGUGGGACCUUACCGCCGGCUUGGGGACUGACGCGUUUCUUCUCGCCCAAGCGGGGUGGCGAGUGGAGAUGUUUGAGCGGUCCUCGGUGGUUGCAGCUCUAGUGCAGGAUGCUUUGGAUCGUGCCCGGGUUGGCGACGACGAGACCGCUCGAAAGGCGGCAUCUCGCAUGAGCCUCACGGUCGCAGAUAGCACCGAGGUCCUGGCAACAGCAGUGGUUGGGUCGUCGUCGUCGUCGUCAGCACCGGUGGCUAGAGCUGCUGUUGGUUUUUCCCGGCCAGAUGUGGUUUACCUCGACCCGAUGUUCCCCCAGCAGAAGAAAGGCAAGAAGAAGAAAUCCGCGCUUGUGAAAAAGGGCAUGCAAAUGCUGCAGGCAUUGCUAGAAGAAGAGGACGGGGCAGAGGGAGAAAAGAGGCAGCAGGGGACAGAGCCAGGAGGUCGUACACCCGACGGUGCCGGGGGUGGUGAUGUAUCGGGAGAAGGAGAAGCAGGGGCGGUGGAAGGCCAAGAAGAAGAAAGAAGGUUGUUCGAUAUUGCCAUGGAGUUCGCGACGCGGAAGGUGGUGGUGAAACGACCGGUUCACGGUCCGUCUAUCGUGCGGCACGUACAACCCUCGCACGCCGUCGUGAGCAAGAAUGGCCGUUUCGACGUCUACGUUGUGCCUCCAUAG